AUGGACCAUGUGAAGUGGUUGACUGAAGGAGAUCCAGUGACUCUGAUCUGUGAGGUUUACGGCUCCUCUACAGGCUGGACAUUCAGCUGGUUCACUCUAACUGUUUCAUCAGACAGCAGUGAUAAUUAUAAGCUGCUCUCAGACAGCAGCAGAGGAGCUGGAGGAAACUACACUGUCAGUUCUGCUGCUCUAAAACACACAGGAGUUUAUGUGUGCAGAGCAGAGAGAGAGAAAACAGCCUAUAACACAACCUACAGUAACAAACAACCACUAUGGGUCACUGGUGUUUCUCCUCCAGUGUCUCUGAUCAUCAGUCCCAGCAGAACUCAACACUUCACAUCUGUCUCUCUCUCUCUGAGCUGUGAGGACCAGAGUAACUCUGAUAGAUGGACAGUGAGAAGAUACACAGACAGUGAACAGCUGGAAGGUUGUUCAUCAUCAGUGUGGGGAUCACAAACAGGAUCUAAAUGUACAAUCAGCUCCACCAUCACAUCAGACACUGGAGUGUACUGGUGUCACUCUGAAUCUGGAGAGAACAGUCAUCCUGUUAAUAUCACUGUACACUCAGCCUCAGGAUCUGAUGGUUUCAAUCUCAUGAUAAUUGGAGUGACUGCAGGACUGACUGUCACAUUUUUGAUCAUUGUCUUCUUGGUCCUGCUGUGGCGCUACAGAAACAACAAAGGAGGAAGAUCUCAGUCUCCCUCUAGUGUCAGUCAACAGCAGAACAGCAGUCAGACAUCAGAGCAGAACCAGAGUGAAACAGGAAACAACACACUGCUGUCUGGAACUGCUCAUAUUUAUGACACUGUUGAUGCAACAAAUAAUAAAGACAUAAGCACAGUCACCUAUGCUGAGAUUGAACUCAAAUCUACAGAGAAACAGAAGAAAAAAGGAGAAAACAAAGGGAAAACCAGUGAAAGUUCUGACACUGUUUACUCUAAACUGAAUCUGGUGACACAUCAAGAUGCUGGAUCUAAUGAUGUGACGUAUGCUCAGGUUAAAAAGACGCCUAGAGGAGAAACGUUAAAAUGACAUGAUAAUGCUGAUGAGUUUACUGUAUGUUGAGAAGGGCUGGAGAAUGAGCAGGAUCAUCAAUGCUUUAACAUCUUUAUGAUACUGAACACUUGAUGGCAACAGAUUUAUCAGUACUUACUAUUAGUGACGCAAACCUUCAUGUGUUUCAAUGAGGCAUGUUGAUCUUUGAAAAUCAAUGAGCAAGGUAGAUGAUCUUUUAGUGCUGCACAGUGUUUAUUCUUAUUGGUUGAUGCCUUGUUACACUAAAGGAGACAAAAUUUUCAGCUUAAGGCUGAAUAUUAAUUUUAAUUCAUUUUUCCUGAAUGUUGUUAAGUGACCAAGUUUGCUUUUGUGUGUGUGUGUGUAUGUGUGUGUAUGUCAUCUUGAUUUAAAAUGUAUUUGUAACAUGGUAAUAGACAACCUGGAAAUACCAGGCAAUUUUAAAAUUGUGACUUCCAGGUCUGGAAGAGUUUUCUUUAAAGUAAAUGUAUAUAAUGAAUAUAAUUUUUUUCUAGCUAUGCUCAACUGUAAAAUGUUUAAUUGUCUAGAAAUAGCUCUUUGUUUGAGCAGUCUUCUGAUUUUAAAAAUCCUAAUUUGGCAAUAACAACUCAUUAAAAAACAAUGGAAAAGCCAUUUCAGAAUACAAUUAUACGCUCUAAUUUAGUAAUUUUACUGUAGUUUGAAAUAUAUUUAUAUUUUUAUCUUCAAUGAGAAAUAGUAAUAAAUAUUCAUAAUUAUGUAUGUUAUUUCAGAUAGGGUGCAGCAUAGGCAUGAUCAGUUUGAUCAUCAGAGAAACAAUGCUAUACACACAUUAGUUUUUACCAUUGAACAAGAUAAAACAGGAAAUUUUAACAUUUCAAAAAACAAAUUUUCUUUAUAGAAAUGACUUCCAUAUUUGUAUAAUGUCUUGAGAGUAUUAACCAAUCAAUAAGAAAUUUUCAGUUUUAGCUUGCAGAUGAGUUUAGAUCUAGAUUGUUCUGUAUUCUUAAAGGUUACAUCAGGUUACAAAGCCUUUUAACUGUUGUGAAAGUUUCAAUUUAUCUUGUGUUUAUGUGUAUGAAUACCCCUAUGUGAGUGUGAUCUUUAGAUUUUAAAAACUGCUUAUUCAGUAACAACAAAUAACUUAUGGAAACCCAUUAAUUGGUCAAAAGUAUUUGACUUCUGUUGUAGUUUGCUUGUUGUUCUUAGUUAGAAAUGAAAAUAAUUGUUCACAAUUAUAAUUACAAACUGUUGCUUUGCUGUAAUAUACUUCUUGUUUAUACAUUUUUUGCAAUAAAAUAAGAUCUAACUGCUACAAAGCUAGUAUGUAGCUAGUAUGUGGGAGCAA